AAAAUCGCUUAAAAACUUUUCCAUUCCCCCUCAGACGAAGACUCCGCCCCUGCCCCUCCCUCCCCUCCCCCUCCGACCUCCUCCUGGCGAAUCGGAGCCGCUUUUUGGAUUUUAGGGCUCUGUAACAACCUCCCUUACGUGGUGAUGCUCAGCGCUGCCCGCGACCUGCUGGAGCCACGCCCCGGGGAAGAGCAGCGGAAUCGGAGCCGAUACGACUGCGACCCCGUGGGGACCGGGGCCGUCCUAUUGGCCGACGUCGUCCCCGGGCUGGUGGUGAAGCUGCUGCUGCCCCUGGUGGGGCCCUACCUGCCCAUCAGAUUUCGCGUGGUGGCCGUGGCUCUGUGCCUGUGGGGCAGCGUCAGCGCCGUGGCCGCGGCCAAAGGGACCCUGAGCGGCCUGGGGGGUGUGGCUCUGGGCAGCGCGGGGGCGGGGCUUGGUGAGGUCACAUUCCUGACCUUGGCCUCCUCCUACCCCAGCUCCGGGCUCUCCCAUUGGUCGUCGGGGACGGGCGCGGCCGGAGUGGGCGGGGCUUUGGGGUUUUGGGGUUUGAGGGCGUGGCUGCCCCUCCCCCACGCGCUGCUGCCCUUCCUGGCCCUGCCCCCAUUGAUGCUGCUCAGUUUUUUCUUCCUGCUGGGCCCGGCCCCUCCCCCCAGGCCAGACCCGCCCCUCCCCCACCCUGACGAAGGGGGCGGGGCCAGAGAGGAGAAAUGGGGCGUGGCCAAGGCCGCUUUCUGCCAGGGGGCGCCUCUGGCCCUCGUUUACUUCGCCGAAUACUUCGUUAACCAGGGGCUGAUGGAGCUGCUCUACUUCCCGUCCUCGCCCCUCCCCCACAGCGCCCAGUACCGAACGCUGCAGCUGCUGUACCAGGCCGGCGUCUUCGCCUCGCGCUCGUCCCUGCGCUGCCUCCGCCUGCGGCGCCUCUGGGGGCUGGCGCUGGCACAG